AUGAUAUGUGACGUUUUGCUUUUGCCGGUGGUGAAAAAGUUGGAUUUGUUGUGGAAUUAUGGUAGAACGAUGGGUUGUAAUGGCUUCUAUAAUAGGCUUCUCUGCCUAUUCAGAUGUUGUAUACACACUCCCUUGUUUACUUAUCUGAUUAUAAUGUUUGUGCAGCACUACAGCAUCGCUGUGCAUGAGAAGCUCGAAAGGGAAGGGCUGUUUCUGCUUCGAAAAUCAAAUAGGCAAAUUUGCAGCUCAAACAGCGAAUGGACGAACGAAGUGUUAGCAUGGAUAUACAACAAUUUCUUAAGAGUACCCGGGCCUUUGGAAGCAUGGAUAAAGUCGUUAAAUGACGCUGCCAAAAAAGUCAACCGACCGACCGAAUGCGAGGUAAUUUUUGACGGGUUUGGAGAUCACAUGCACGUAAAGCAACCACCCAGACUGAGCCACAUACGUGUUGAACACGGUCCACGUGAGCAUUUGACGCUCAGAACGAAUAUCCAUCUGCCAUGCGUAUGCCUCAAAGUCGUUUCAUCUCAGCGUACGCCUGAGAGACUGCUGGUCAGCAACUUCGACGCGAACAUCGUUGACCUGCGCGGGGAGGUGCGCCACUUGCUAUUUGGCGGAUCAGCGAUGUGCUCUUUUGUCACCUACAUUGAUGUCUCCUACUCUCAAAUACCUCCUGCAUUACUGACAAAGGGAAGAGUACCUCGUUGGUGUGGCGUCCCCGCAUGUGCUGUAUACUCUUUUGCAUGGCAUGAAAUGCUAAUCCUAAACCUCUUUCGCUAUUGA